UCUACCAACAUGACUUAAUUAGCUAAUCGACCGCAUCCAACAUGGCCAUCAACUUCCUUUCGCCUUUUCCUUUUCUUUUCAACGUGCUAAGUGACAACUUAAGAUGACUGCCACCACGGCCGCUAAAAAGCCCGAAGCAAAGGGCAAACCUUCCAAGAAGCUGCCCGCUGUCCCAGAGUCGAAGCUGAAAUUCAGCAAGAAGCAGGUUAGCAAACGUGCUAUACUGAUCAAGCGGAAAUUAAAACGCUCUGCCGUGAUUGCACUCCGCAAGCGUGAAAACUUGGUGCGGGCUGAGAAAUAUCAAGCGAAAUAUCUCCGUGAUGAACGCCGUGAGAUCAAGUUGCGCCGUUUGGCAAAGAAACGCGGCCAAUUCUACGUGCCUGCAGAGGCCAAAUUAGCUUUUGUGAUCCGUAUCCGCGGUAUCAACAAAGUUGCACCAAAGGUGCGUAAAGUUUUACAGUUGUUCCGUCUUCGCCAGAUUAACAACGGUGUGUUCAUCAAGUUGAACAAGGCUACUAUUAAUAUGCUACGUAUUGCCGAACCUUAUAUUACAUGGGGCUAUCCAAAUCUAAAAUCGGUUCGUGAGUUAAUCUACAAACGUGGAUUUGUCAAACACAACCGUCAACGUGUCCCAAUCACCGACAACUUUGUAAUCGAACGCAAAUUGCGCAAAGCGCAUGAUAUUCAGUGCGUUGAAGAUUUGGUGCACGAAAUUUUCACCGUUGGAUCCCAUUUCAAGAAAGCCUCCAACUUCCUGUGGCCAUUCAAGCUCAACACACCAACCGGCGGCUGGCGCAAGAAGGCUAAUCACUACGUUGAGGGUGGUGAUUUCGGUAAUCGUGAGGAUAAGAUCAACAAAUUGCUGCGCAAGAUGGUUUAAAAAAAUUUGUUGGUGUACAAGGUGGAGUAUUUUUAUUGCAGAAAUAUAUAAUAAUAAAAAUAGAAAAGAAUGUUUUUGUACCAAAAGGCAUAACAAAUUUAA